GGCGCCCCCGGCGCCGGUGCCUCGGUGUGCGUGCGAUGCUCGGGAGAGGCCGCCCCCGUGGCCCCAAGAGAAAAAGAAAUUGGAAUACAGACUUUCCAUCCUUUCCAGGAGAGAGUUCACUGAAUAUCAGAAAAGCAGGUCCCAGAACAGUGGGUACAGCUUCUUCCCUCUCUGAAGAAUGGCUUAGGUGCGGAGAAGGCUUUUUGGACACUUCUGGGACUCAGUCAUUAACGGCUGAAAGGAAAACUACUUUGGGAAAGCACCUUGGAUUAUCCCCUAGACCCCAAAAAGAAGUUGCCACAUCUAAGAGUACCAGUGUGCUUAAAGAUACUACAUGGAUUUGGAGUGAAAGUGAUCUGUCAGAAGAUAAAACGUUUCUUGAAUCACAGAGAGAUACUGGACAUGGUUCUCAAAUAGACAGAUUUUGUAGCAGGAAUAUUUUGUGUCCAGAAGAUGGGACCAAUGAAGAUCAACUGCACCUUAUUGACUGGGAAACCGACAGUGAGAAGGAAGAUGCUGGUGACUUCAGUAAUGACUCUGAAGACUUGGAGAGUGCGGUGGACAUUUCAGACUGUGUUUCUUGUGCCAGCAGUCCUUCUUUGACAAGUGGAGAGAGGCUGGCUGAACUUCCUAAAAGAUGUUCUGCAGAAAUUUUAGAAUAUUCAUCAGAUAGUGAAAAAGAAGAUGAUUCGGAAAAUGCCCCGGUCCUUGAUUCAGAAUCCUCUCACAGAUUUCAUGUGGAUUUGGGGUCAGAUGAAAGACGGGUUAAGGAGAGACUGAAAAACCCGGGGAUGAAAUCUACAGAGAGCACUUCCUAUACACUCCAGAAGCUGACAAAGUUUCCCAGGACUCCAGAAAAGUCAGCUAAGAGGAAGCUUUUAAGAGGUGGACUAGCAGAAAGAUUAAAUGGACUCCAGAAUCGAGAGAGAUCUGCCAUUUCAUUAUGGAGACAUCAGUGUGCUUCUUACCAACCUACACUUUCAGGUCGGAAACCCGGUGUAUUGGUUGUGCGGAUUCUGGAGCUGCAUGAGGAAGGCGGCAUGCACGUUGCCAUGUGCGAGCAGGUGGCCGGGCCACAGGAGCACAGCCCUGCCCACGGCGGCCCCUCCAGGGCUGGCCUGAAGGUCCUGUUCACCAGGGAGACUGCAGGCCAGCUUCGAGGUCGCCCCCAGGAUGUCGUUCACAUUUUCCCACCCUGGCAAAAGCUUAUUAUACCAAAUGAAAGCUACCCAGUUAUUCUGAAUACUUACUUCUGUAAGAAAUUUGUUGCCAAAGAAUAUUCAAAAACACAGGAAGUUCACUGUUGGGAUAUGCCCCUUCCCAGAAGAACCAUCACUUUGGCUCGGAUGUUUAGAGUUGAUUCAUCUGAAAACCAGGCCGAGUGCAGCGAUUUCAGUGCUGUGGGGACAGAGGGGACCAACAGCCCCCAGGAGCACCACACAGCAAAGGAGCAGUCCCCAACACCAGCUCCCCUGACGGAUUCCCUGCUGGAUGCAGUAGAGAACCAAGGGGCUGCGCCCUGGCAUCGCGGUGGGGUCCGUGUGGUGGUUCAGAGAGUGUAUUGUCUUCCCAGCAAGUGUCAGCAGGCAGGCGGCUCAGCACCUUCGCCCAGCUCAGACUCAUCUCUGCUACGAGUUUGCCUUCUUGUACAAGAUGCAUGCGGAAUGUUCAGUGAAGUGUACGCAGAAGGUUCCCAUUUGAAUGACCGACAGUUGGAAGGGAAGUGCUGUAAGCUGACAGGAAUGAGGGUCCUACAGAAGGCCACCAGAGAAAGGACUGCAGGGCUCUUCAGCCUGAUUGACACCUUGUGGCCUCCAGUGGUGCCCAGCCCGAGCUGCGGAAAGGCAGAAAGUCAUCUGUCUACUCCCAGCUUUUGUUACAUCCUGUCUGCUCACCCAAAUCUUGGACAAAUUGCUGUCAUUGAAGAGGACCCCCUGUCUAAACUUUUCCAACCCCCAGUUACCCGCUGCUUAAGAGAAAUCCUGCAGACUGGUGGUUUUGGCACCCGCUGCAGUUUCCAUGCCAGUGUGAUCUAUCGAAGAGUUCAGCAAAAGGAGAUUUGGCUGAUGGUGACUGAUGUCACCUUGCAAAUGCAGGAUGGGGAUGACACUCGCCUCCCUAAAACUCUGCUGGUCUGUGUCACUUCCUCGUGCGUGCUCAGUCCGGAAGUCCAAGAAGCACUUGCUGAAACUACCUCCAAGAUCUUCCUCUUCAGGGAUGCCCUGCAAGACCAGGGUCGGAUCGUCUGUGUUGAACGAACAGUUCUCCUGCUUCACAAGUCCCUUCCAGGCCAGGCCUCUGGAGCUGGCUCCUGUGAGCUGCCUAGUCCCGUGAGGCUGGACGAGCUGAAUUCUGUCACUCAGGUCAACUCCGUCUGCAGUGUUCAAGGCACCGUGGCUGGCGUGGACGAGACCACGGCCUGCUCCUGGCCGGUGUGCAACUGGUGUGGCAGCGGGAGGCUGGAGGAGAACCCCGGGAGCAGCGGGGCCUUCUCCUGCGGGAGCUGCGGCCGUCGGCUCACCUCCCCUCUGCUCAGAAGGCACCUGCAGGUCUUCCUGCACUGCCCCUCCUGCCCGCGGGCCACAGUGAAGGUCAAGCUGUUACAGAGCAGUAUCUCGUCUCUCCUGCAGUCGGCUGUCUGCGAGGAGGGGACUUAUGAAGUGAAUAGUGUCCUCGGAAAGGAGGUGGGGUUGCUGAAUUGUUUUGUGCAGUCGAGAACCACCCACCCGGCCAGCUGCAUUGGAUUGGAGGAAAUCGAGCUUCUGGGAGCCGAAAGAGCCUCUCUGGAAUGACACGGUUGUCACAGGAUCUGUGAACUUUGCCAUGUGGCCGCCAGGAUGGUGGCAGCGGUUUGAGUAGUUAUUUGUUAACCAUGGGCCGACUUAGUGUGUUUUAUGGUCUUGAAAUGGAGCUUCAGUUUUUUCUGGGGGACUCUGGUGGUAAAAUUUUGCAAACUAGAUUCUAUUUCUACAGUUUAUAUUCUGACUACAUUGCUGCAAGCCUGGCAGCCUGGCCUUGGAAGCUUAAAUAAGCUGGAGGCUUCGCUUAGGCAAGAACGUUACUACAGCAGAACUUUUUGUUCAGUUACAACUUUAAAAUGUUUGAAAUUGGGGGGAGGGGCGGGGAGAGUUCCAGGGCCACGCUGGAGUUCCCGGUUGGGCCCCCUUGGCCUUGCGGCCCUGCGCACCAGCAGGAAGGGCCCCUCCCGGCCCAGGCCCAGGCGGCAGUAGCCCCCGGCCGGAGGACAGGACGCGGUCCAGGUUUUUAAUCCACAAGUCAACAGCGUUUUUCUGGCCCCUCAUAUUGCCCAGUAUUUGUCCUCUGUCUGCGACUGUUGGAGUACAAUAAAUACCCGAACUCAG